UUGAACAAUUCCUUUCUAUUCCACACUCUGCAAAAUUUCUCCUGCGAUGGCGGACACCACGGAGCAGGCCAAGCCUUUUGCUCAUGCUGCACUCCAAUCCCUCAGUGACGAAGAGGAAGCCUUAUCCGCCCACCUGAAGUUUGGCCAGCGAAAAUACAUCAAGUGUUGCGGUUGUUUCACGGCCUUCCUGUUAAUUCUUGCUGUCACAAUUCUCGUCCUCUUUUUCACCGUUUUUCAUGUCAAGGAACCAGUGAUCAGAAUAAACACACUUACUCUCAAUCCGGAGCGACUCCUAACAAAUGGAGCUUUCAGAACCAAUACCAACGUCACACUUGUAGCGGAUAUUUCAGUGAAAAAUCCUAACUACGCCUCCUUCAAGUUCAACAACGGAACUACAACUGUUUUUUAUGGUGGCAAGGUGGUCGGCGAGGGAAGGAUUCCAUCAGAGAAGGCUGAAGGAAGGCGGACGACUCACAUGAACAUUACAGUGAAUAUGAAUCCUGAUGAGAUUUUGAAAGUUCCAAGCUGGGUUACCGAUGUGAUUUCAAGGGUCAUGACUAUGAACACCAGCACAGCGAUUGAUGGAAAGGUGAAGAUAUUCAACAAUAUCAAGAAGAAAUUUGCGGUGCAAGUGAAUUGCACUAUUACAUAUAAUUUGUCAAGCUUAAAUAUUCAACAAAAUUGCACACCGCAUUUCCUUUGAGAACUCCAUUAUGUUUUACACCGAUGAUUGAUUUUAAAAGUAACUUAUAUAUAUAUAUAUAUAUAUAUAUAGUUUGAAUUACAGGUUUAGAUUUAUCUUUUUUAUAGGUUGCAUAUAUUACUGAUGAUAUAUUUGAUAUUCUUUCUAUCUCCUC